GCCUGGGCAGCCCGGGCCAGGGCGCCGCGAGGUUGCACGAAUCCAUGUGGGACGGCCCCGGCGAGCAUCGCAAAGAUCUCUGAUUGGAGUCAUUUUGUGGUACAGCCAAAGAGAAUACAGGGAAAAAUCAUCCAACAGUGUAAAUAUUGGCUUCAACUCCAACUGAGUAUAGUAUUUCUUCUCUUUAGCAGUGCCUCAUUAUAGAGGAAACAUGUAUGGCAGUGCAAGAACAAUCACCAAUCUGGAAGGUAGUCCUUCCAGAUCACCACGUUUGCCAAGAUCUCCUCGUUUGGGCCACCGAAGAACGAGUAGUGGGGGAGGGGGAGGUGCAGGCAAGACUCUGUCUAUGGAGAAUAUCCAGUCCCUUAAUGCAGCCUAUGCUACAUCUGGACCCAUGUACCUGAGUGAUCAUGAGGGUGUGGCUUCAACAACCUACCCGAAGGGCACCAUGACUCUGGGCAGGGCCACCAAUCGAGCUGUGUAUGGAGGCCGUGUCACGGCCAUGGGGAGUAGUCCCAAUAUUGCUUCGGCUGGACUUUCCCACACAGACGUCCUUUCAUACACGGAUCAGCACGGUCUGACUAGCUCAUCCCACCACCAUCACCACCAGGUCCCCUCCAUGUUGAGGCAGGUAAGAGAUAGCACAAUGUUAGAUCUUCAAGCCCAGCUCAAGGAACUCCAGAGAGAGAAUGACCUCCUCCGGAAGGAGCUAGACAUCAAGGACAGCAAGUUGGGUUCUUCCAUGAAUAGCAUCAAGACUUUCUGGAGUCCUGAGCUUAAGAAGGAAAGAGUGUUGAGAAAAGAAGAGGCAGCUCGGAUGUCAGUCCUCAAAGAGCAGAUGAGGGUUUCUCAUGAGGAAAAUCAGCACCUGCAGUUGACAAUCCAAGCCCUUCAGGAUGAGCUGCGCACCCAGAGAGACCUCAACCACCUUCUGCAGCAAGAGAGUGGCAACCGCGGGGCUGAGCACUUCACCAUCGAGCUGACUGAGGAGAACUUUAGGAGACUCCAAGCUGAGCACGACAGACAGGCCAAGGAGCUGUUCCUUUUGAGGAAGACGUUAGAGGAGAUGGAACUGAGAAUUGAAACACAAAAACAAACCCUCAAUGCCCGAGAUGAGUCAAUUAAAAAGCUCCUUGAGAUGCUGCAAAGCAAAGGCUUGCAGUCCAAAAGCCUUGAGGAUGACAACGAAAGGACACGUCGGAUGGCAGAGGCUGAGUCUCAGGUCAGCCACUUGGAAGUAAUUUUAGACCAGAAAGAGAAGGAAAACAUUCAUCUUAGAGAGGAACUGCACCGAAGAAGCCAACUUCAGCCGGAGCCAGCCAAGACGAAGGCUCUCCAGACUGUCAUCGAAAUGAAGGACACAAAAAUUGCUUCACUGGAGCGAAACAUAAGGGAUCUUGAGGAUGAGAUCCAGAUGUUAAAAGCCAAUGGUGUGCUGAACACUGAGGACCGUGAAGAAGAGAUCAAACAAAUAGAGGUUUACAAAAGUCACUCCAAGUUUAUGAAGACCAAGAUUGAUCAACUGAAGCAGGAACUUUCAAAGAAGGAGUCAGAACUUCUUGCCUUACAAACAAAGCUUGAAACUCUCAGCAAUCAAAAUUCUGAUUGCAAGCAACACAUUGAAGUGCUUAAAGAGUCGCUUACUGCCAAAGAACAGAGGGCUGCCAUCCUUCAGACGGAGGUAGAUGCACUGAGAUUACGACUGGAAGAGAAGGAAUCUUUUCUCAAUAAAAAAACGAAGCAGCUACAGGACCUCACAGAAGAGAAGGGCACACUGGCUGGAGAGAUUCGGGACAUGAAAGAUAUGUUAGAAGUGAAAGAAAGAAAAAUCAAUGUUCUUCAGAAAAAGAUUGAAAACUUGCAAGAACAACUUAGGGAUAAAGACAAGCAGCUGACCAAUCUGAAAGACAGAGUGAAGUCCUUGCAGACGGAUUCCAGCAACACAGACACUGCACUGGCAACGUUAGAGGAGGCGCUGUCGGAGAAGGAGAGAAUAAUUGAACGCUUGAAAGAACAGCGGGAGAGAGAUGAUCGGGAAAGACUAGAAGAGAUAGAAUCCUUCCGAAAAGAGAACAAGGACCUGAAAGAGAAGGUCAAUGCUUUACAAGCUGAACUGACAGAGAAAGAAUCUAGUUUAAUUGACCUCAAAGAACAUGCAUCUUCAUUAGCCUCUGCAGGGCUGAAAAGAGACUCCAAAUUAAAAUCUCUAGAAAUAGCCAUCGAACAAAAGAAAGAGGAAUGUAGCAAACUGGAAGCACAGUUAAAAAAGCAAGCUGAGCAGUUGUUCAAUCAGAUGUACAACCCAGCACAUAAUAUUGAAGAUGACUCCAGGAUGAACCCUGAGUUUGCAGAUCGACUAAAACAGCUCGAUAAAGAGGCAUCUUACUACCGCGACGAGUGCAGCAAGGCUCAAGCAGAAGUGGACAGGCUGCUGGAGAUCCUCAAGGAGGUAGAGAAUGAAAAGAAUGACAAGGAUAAGAAGAUUGCGGAACUUGAGAGCUUGACUCUCAGGCACAUGAAGGAUCAGAAUAAGAAGGUGGCCAACCUCAAGCACAAUCAGCAGCUGGAAAAGAAAAAGAAUGCCCAGUUACUGGAAGAAGUCCGCAGGCGAGAAGACAACUUGGCUGACAAUUCACAGCAUUUACAGAUAGAGGAACUGAUGAAUGCCUUGGAGAAGACCAGACAGGAGCUAGAUGCCACCAAAGCGCGCCUCGCCUCCACACAGCAGUCCCUGGCUGAGAAGGAAGCACACUUGGCCAACCUUCGGAUAGAAAGAAGGAAGCAGCUGGAGGAGAUCCUGGAGAUGAAACAGGAAGCACUUCUUGCGGCAAUCAGUGAAAAAGAUGCAAAUAUUGCCUUGCUGGAAUUGUCUGCCUCCAAAAAGAAAAAGACGCAGGAAGAAGUUAUGGCCCUCAAGCGGGAGAAGGACCGACUAGUGCAUCAGUUAAAGCAGCAGGUUUAUAGACCUAAGAAACAGCCCCUGAACUCGAAUAUACCAUGCACUUGUGAUGCUGGCUACAGCCCAGAUAUUACGGCCAAGUACCACGGGUCCAGCUACGAUGUAUACAUGAUCCAAAGGUCUCAGACCCAGAAUAGAAUGAAGCUGAUGGCAGACAACUAUGAUGAAGACCAUCACCAUUACCACCAUCACCACCAUCACCACCACCAUCGCUCUCCCGGGAGGUCGCAGCAUUCCAAUCACAGGCCCUGUCCGGACCAGCUGUCAGAAGGGCUGAGUAAAGGGGAAGCACAGCUCUGCGGCAAUACUCUGAUAAUCUAUUGCAGCACGGUUUACGUCACUGUCCAACAGCACCGGGAGCAGCUCGGCAGAACUGAAGGGGAGUUUGCACUUUCAUUAUCGACCACGGUUCUGUUCUACUUAAUGUUUCCUCCAUCAUCUCAUGUCGUUUCUUGUGGACUUGGAUACAUUGGAAAAGAAGAACGCACAGGAGGAGAAAAGUGACACCUCCUCCUUUUUCCUCCUUUUGCUUAUGAGAUUUGGGCACUGAAAACACGUCCAUCUAUUCUGAAUGUCGUUACUUGAUAACAUUUUGUUUCUGUUACUUAAACCUCACUGGGUACAUUGAACUCCAUGGGAUUUUUAAUAUGGAUUCAGCUUCUGUUGGACAACUAGCUUCAUCUCCAGCUAUCCCGCUGGUUCAGUCUAAGGGGUCAUUCCUAAUGCACUAGAUUAUCAAACUGUGUAAAUUUGCUGUGAGUGAGUGGUGUUGGUAGUGUUUGUUUAUCACGAUGCGUGAAACUUCUGACAAAGAAACCAAAACACCAAAAAUUGUGAGCCUUUACCCUCCUCUAUUUCUUUAAUGUGCUGGUUGAAGAACCACAUUUUGAUGGUGUAACCAAUAGUUACCUCUGGGCCAGGUUGGAAAUGAAAUCAAUUUUUUAAACCACUAAUACUUGCCAAGAAAUCGCCUUAUGAGAACAUGGUGUGUGUCUCUGACAAUGCAUGGCACAUCUAAAUUGGUCAUUCAUAAUUUUAUCUCCCUGCUUACGCACUGGAGAGCGGCAAAAGCCUGAGGCACCUGCAUAUCUCCCCUUGUGUGUUCCCGUGCCCAGGGGCGGGAUGUAAGCAAACCUCAGGCUCUUACCAUUCCCAUUCAGGCAGGUCUCCAUGAAGAAGCUGGGACUCAUUCACACUUCAAGAUCCAAAUGCUGUGCAGUGUUAGCUUAGAUCUUCUGUAAAUGAAGGGUCAUUUCUCUUUUUUUAAAAGUUUGUCUCCAACAUGGAUUCCAAAGCAUUUUCAGCAUCCAACAUGAAAUCAUCGAUGAAUGAGGAACAAUCACAAAAGUUGUGUAUCUGUAUAUAGCUCUAUACAACAUGUCUGUGGAUAACGAGUCAUUAUGUAAAGCACAUGCCAGGGAAAGAGACCAAAUUUCAGGUCUUUUAUAUACAGUAACAUGGUUCUAAGGAGAAUUAAACUCCUACCACUUCCUCUAAAGAUGAAAAUUAUUAAAGUCAUUAUAGUUUCAUAAAACUCAUGACUGAGUCUGGCAGACAUGUGCAAUUCUUAUAUUGAUCCACUCUCUUGUCAAUGGAAGAAGCCCUUCCACAUGUAUGCAAGUGGGAGAUAAAAACCUGUAUUUUUAAAGGACAAACAGUGAAUUUAAGCAUGAGUGGCCUUAAUAAAUAUAGUUGUCUUUUUUUGCUGCUGUGGAAAAGAUCCUAAACAAAUGUUCUUGAAGUCUUGCAUUGAAUUUAGUCAUUGCUAUUAUUUUUAAAAAUGUUGGUGCAAUGAGCUCUGGGCCUCUCUGGUGAGCCACUGAGAUAUUUAAAAGACAAACACCUUAUUGGGUGGGAAGAUGAACCUGUCUCUGAGUUGCACCAUUCAUUUAUGGUGUGCAAGAUUCAUAUAUUCAAGCAAGUUUCCUUCUUUUGGCUUUGUUCUUGUUGUCAGUAAGUGUACUGAAUUAUUGUACUGAAUUACGUAAAAUGUACAUGUUGCAUAAACAAUCCAAAUACAUCGAUGUUUUCAAAGUUUGUCCUUUAAUUAUCAAAGGGAUGUAGGGUUUGAUUGGAGAAGCAAACAGAGUUCUUUGCAAGGUCAAUUCCUACAUUCUGACACAAUGUCACACUAAAAACCCAGGCCAUAGACGCAUCCCCAUGAAUGGUUUGUCCUCACUGCCUCCUGCAACCAGGUCCUGACCUGAACUCUGCAACUGAAUACUUGAAAUAGGAAGUAGGAAAUCUAGUAGGAAAAAUAGGGUCAUUGAAAUAGAAAAACAAAAAAUAAACAAACCAUGUAUAGUUCGCUAUUUCUAUGUGUGUGCCAAUUUUGUCACAGCUGUUGUUUUGGGGAUUGUUUUCUGCCCCACUUUUGUUGGUUAAAAGUAUUAUGGGUCUUCCCUUUAUGCAACCGUAUUGUUUAGCCCCUAAAAAUUAAAUCCUAUCAAAUAUAGCAUCUUUUCUCAUUUUAUGUAAUAUUCUCUUGAUGUUUGGAAGUUACAAAAACAUCCCUUUUCACACAUUUAAAAUAGUCUCUGGGUUUACAAAAAACACUGUGAUGUUGGGAAGGUUAUUUUCUUUGUGCAGACAUUAGCAAAUUCCCUUCUAAUUAUAAUGUAGCGAAAAGAGUUUGGGCUAACCUUUAGAAGAAGUUGGUCUAAGUCUUACCAUGUGCAAAGCAGGCUUGUACUUUAUACCCCAUUUGAUUUAUAUGUACAGUCUCGAUUUUGUAUUUAAUGAUUUUUGUGUAUUCAAUAUGCACGUCAACAGCGUGUCAACUUCCAUUUGAAAGUGGGUUUUACUUUUUAAACAGUGUUUAUGAUGAGACCUCCAAUGUACUGACAUAAGCUCUCUCUGCGAUGUUCUUGUGUAGAGUGGCGUCUGAAUGCUGCCAGGGGUCGAUGUAUCUACUUUCCUGAGACCCUCGUUUGAUAGUGCUUCUUGUAAUAUUUCCUCAAGUGAGUGGCAUGUGGGUUGUGAUAUUGAUCAUGUGAUUAUGGACAUCGAUAUGAAAAAAAUAAAUAAAACUAAGGAACCCUCGAAACUACCAGUGGGCAUGUAUUAGCCAGUUAUCGUAACCUUGUGUCCAGUAGAAGUACAAUGUACAAGGUAUGUACAGUUCAUAAAUUUGUUAUCAUGUGUAUGAGAAGUACUUUGUGCUGAUCGCCUUAUUUAUAUUCAUCAAAUAAACUUUGUUUCUUUCUGAAGUGAGUUCA